CUUCAACUUGUCAUCCCUGCGACGCGCAGCAACAAAAACGCCCACGCCGUGCGCUGCCCUCUGGGCCAACAACCCCAAACCCCUCCCCCCCGGGCGCCCGACAUCAUGUCCAUGUCGUCGGAAGACGAGGACGAAUACCUCUCCGACAACCUGUCGUCGGGCUCGUCAGACGGCGACGAAUCGCCGCCGCGGCCGCCGUCGCAAAACUACUUCGCGCCGCCCUUUUACGGCCGGCCGCCGACGCCGCUUCCGCCGUCCCCCUCGCUGACGUCGCUGCUGCGGCCGUCGCGGCCGACGACGCCCGAUGCCUCGGACGACGACAACAUGGCGCCGCUGCCGCGGGCGGCGCCCCAGGUGCCGACGUACGAGUACUACGGCUUCGUGCUGUACCUGUUCAGCAGCCUGACGUUCCUACUAUGGCUGCUGUGGAGCUACCUGCCGGCGCCGUUCCUGCUGGCGCUGGGCAUCGAGUACUACCCGGACCGGUGGUGGGCGCUGGCGACGCCGGCGUUCCUCGUCAUGACGCUCGUGUACAUUUACGUGGCCCUGGCGUCGUACAACACGGAGAUGCUGACGGUGCCCAUGGCGAGCGUCGAGACCAUGGUCGACGGCGCGGGCAAGCUGGCCGUCAUCGACUCCAAGGGCCGGCUGCGCCCGAGCGUGAGCGCGAUCGCGGGCGCGAGCGGCGGGACUGGCGGCGGCGGCGGUGGCGGCGGCGGCGGUAGGCGGGAGCGCAAGUGCGACGGCAAUGGGCGGCUGCGCUGGCGCGAGAUUUGGAACGAGGGGACCGACGCGGUGCUGGAUAUUCCGCUGGCGGGCGUGUGCGAGGUGCUCUACGGCGAGGGGAGGGAGGAGGGCGGUUUCGACGACGGGACGUGAGGGACUUUGCGGAAGCGAUUGGCAGCGACUUGAAGAAGAGAACAGCGGAGGAUAUGUGCCUUUGGCCGCUAUACAGCUGUGUUGUACUAUCAUCGGGAUCAUACAUUACGGGAUGGGCGUUGGCGUCAGGCGUGGCCAUUGACGAUGGUGUUGGCGGAUGGGUUGCUGACAUGCAGCGAAACAUGGUACCAC